CGUGUGCACGUAGUACGUGUAGGCCUGUGUGGAUACUGUACAUGGAUGUAUGCACGUAUACCGAUCUAGGUAAAACGUCUCCACCAAUUAAUGCCUUUUCCUUUCAGUUUCCAGUCUUGAACUUGAAGAGCUGUGCACUUGAAUUUGAGUGAAAUAUGGCAUCAGAGGAAGCAGGAAACGCAGGUCCAGAGACAAUCAGCAGACAUAAUCUUGAGUGCAGCAUCUGCCAAGAGAGAUACCAACAGCCCAAAAUCUUGGAAUGUCUGCAUAGCUUCUGUGAGCAAUGUCUGCUGAAAUACUGUAGCACGAAGCAUCAGGGCUCUACAGAGAUUCCCUGCCCAGUUUGUCAACAGGAGACACAGCUUCCAGAGACGGGGGUACAGGGUCUAAAAAACAACUUUUAUUUGAUUGGUCUGGUCGAGCAGUCUGAACUUCAAGACAAGGUGGCGUCUUUGGGCAACAUGAAGCUGCUCUGUGAGACAUGUGACGAUGGCAAUGAGGCAACACAUCGGUGUUUGGACUGUGCACAGAAUGUCUGUACACACUGUCGAGGUACACAGUUGCGAACUGCCGCUACCUCAAACCACAUGAUAGUUUCUAUGGAAGACAUUCGUGAGGGAAAAGUUACAGUGACUAAGAACCUACCAACACAUCCAGAAUGUCCAAACCACGAAGGCGAAUCAACGCGUUUCUUUUGCACAACUUGCGAAAUGUUGAUCUGCCGAGAUUGCACAGUGAUAGACCAUUGCAAACCAAAACACACUUACAUCGAUAGAAAUAAGGCCACAUUGAUGUACAAGCAAUCACUAUCUGAACUUUUUGACUUACUAGAAGGAACGGUAAAGGAGCUCAAGGAGUCUCAAGAAAAUGUUUCAAGAAUGGAACAUCAACUUGGUGUCACAGUCGAAGGAACCGUGAUAGAAGUGCAGGACAGAGCAGCUGAGAUCAGAGCUGAAGUUACAGCUCAAGAAAAUUGCCUCGUUAAAGACAUCCAAACAAUCCAGAAAGACCGUAAGCAACAAUUGGAUAAAUGCAAGAAAAUAAUACAUUCAGAAAGUGAGAAGAUUAAAUAUGCCCUCGAGACAGCUAGAGAGGUGACAACUGCAUCAGAUAGUGACUUCCUCUCACUCUAUCCCACAAUCAACACCGACUUGAAAUUGCUGGCUGGUCAGAGUAUUCCUAGAGUUGACAACAGGCUCACAUUUCUGAAGUUCAAGCAGAGCGAAGGCGUCAGUGUGGGUGAGGUGUUGACUGAAGGCAAGCUGGAGCUUUGUCGUGAGUUUGGUAAAAUGGGAAACGGCCCAGGGGAGUUCAAUGUGGCUUGGGGCGUAGCUGUUCGUCAACAGCCGGAUGAGAUUGCAGUUACAGACAUCAACAACAAACGAGUUGUGAUCUGCAGCAUCGAUGGUAAACAGAAAAGCGCCAUCCAAAUGGAAGAAUAUCCAUUCGGCAUUGCAGCUACGCACUCCAAGAAUCGCUUGGUGGUUGUUGAAUUCAAGUCAUCUUUUGUGAAGGUUUUCAACAGCGACAACUCACUGGCAUUUCAGUUCCCAACUGUGCAACCGGAUGAUGUUGGUAAGAUCACAGUGGAUCUCCGGGGCGUGGCGGUCAAGAAGGAUGGGACCAUCGUAGUUGGUGAUGUCGAGAGGAUGGUGUUGACCGAACACCGAUCGACAGAUGGUGACAUCUUACUGACCACACCAGUCAAGAUUGAGCCCUGGUUCCUGGCUGUGGACAGCAGUGAUCGAGUUGUCGUCAGUGGCUGCUCACAUGCAGUGGUAGUUACAGAUGGCAACAGUACUACUGAACUCGCCAUCAAACCAACCAUCAACGAUCAACCUGUACAGGAGAGCACAGGUGUAUACACCGAUAGCUCCGGAAUCUAUGUUGCAAUGCAUAAUGGGGAUAAUGCUGGUCAUAUCCACCACUAUGACCCUCAAGGUGGCUUUCUCAAAUGCAUCGCACAGGGUCUGCACUACCCACAGGGCAUCACUUUUACAGCAGAUUGGCAGUUGGCAGUGGCCGACUACUAUACAGUCAAAAUGUAUCACCAGGUGUGACUGAAAUUAACAAAGCUAAAAUGGUUGAAAUGGUCUACUCUCAGCAUACCUUAGGAAAAAAAGAAGAAAGGGCCUGGCCAAUGUUCAUAUGCUGAAUCAAUAGAAAUGUCACCUCACCUACUUCAGAAUUCAGAUAUACUUAUAAAUAGUUAAAAUGUAGUUUUGUAGUCAGGUCGUGGUUUCAAUUUCCUGUAGAAACUGUACAUGAAAAUAGAUGUAAGUCACAAAAGAUGAACACCAGAAAUAUCUGCAUCACAACAUGAAAAAUGCACUGGCAAUAUCUUUUGCUCUGCCUGUGUGUGCAGUUGCAUGUACAUGUCCAAGAAGUCAAAAUCUACUUUGUGGAUACAUGGUAGAUGAAUGUUUACAUGUAAUCCUUUUGAGUGAGUGGGAUUGCACUUGUAUUUUUCAUGAACAAAAGAUUCUACAUUGUAUGUAGGUUCAAUGGAAACUGUACAUGUACACUGUACAUGUAUUUGUUAAAACACAGAUGUUUCCAAACGCAGUCUAAUACAUGAUCGACAGCUUUAACACAAACACUAUAUAGGCUCAUUCAAAUUUGACAACAUACAUGUACUUAAGAAAAAAAUCUGAUCAAAGCAGACUAUUUAUUUAGCAAAAUGGAAGAAUACAAUUAUUAAAGCCUACUUCUUUGAAUACGUACAUACAUACAUGUACAGUUGAACGUUAUUACAUCAUACAAAAUGUUAAUAUUACAAAAAUGCUGUUUAAUAUAUGAAUAUCUCUUAAGGCCAAAUUCACACGCAGUUAUAAUCAGGUGGUAAAUUGACAUCUAAAAUUUAAGCACCUGUGAAUUACCGAUCUUCGUAAUUGACAGAUCCACUUAUUAGCUAGAUCAAUAUCUUUUAAGGCCAACUUCACAUGGAGUUGAACAGGUGGUAAAUUGACACCUAAAGUUUAAGCACCUUUGAAUUACAGAUUUUCGUAAUUGACCGAUCCAUUAAACUACAUCCAGUAGUGCUUGGACCAAUCACAGCCGUGCACAAUGUCAGACAUGCGUGUACGUGCAUACAAUAGGACGCGCGUAACACGCAGCUGAAACAUGCAGUGUGGCACUGAAGAGGUGCAUGUGUUGUUGCCCACGUGCUCAGGGGGCAGGCUUAAUGGAUCAAUCUGGUGUCAAUUAGUCAUUACGCUAUUUAAGAUACUAAUGAUUGUGUUCACUGCUCAGUAUUCCUGUGUAAGUUUACUCUUAGGCCAAACAAAAAAAAGUGUCCAGUUUCUGGUAUGCGCGCGCGUCGCCGUAGCCAUGUGCGUCGGCAAAAUGAAAAAGUUUUUUUUUCAAUGAAAGAUGAUGUCUCAAAACCGCCAAACUCACUGGUUUGACUGGAAUCCUGCU